AUGGCGGGCGUUGGGAGUGAUGCAACAGAGCUUAAGCUCCACUCUUGCAUCGGCUUCACCGGCAAGGUGCUCGGGGGCAUGAAGCUGACCCCAUGCGGCGGCUACAUGGUGUAUCCUCUGGGGUCGAUACUGGUGGUGCGGAGCAUGACGGGGAAGAACAAGCAGGCCUUCUUGGAGGGACACACUUCGGAAAUAUCGUGCGUCGCCAUGAGCUCCGAUGGAACUCGCAUCGUCUCCGGGCAGGCGAACCACAUGGGUGUGAAAGCGGACCUUUGCGUUUGGGACCUGAUCCAAGCUCAAGCGAACUGCGACGCCGAGAAGCCGAGCGGGGCGGGCGUGCUGCUCCACCGCUUAAAGCAACACCUGGGCCACGUCCGGGCCGUUGACUUCAGCUUCGACGGGAAGUACUUCGCGUCGCUGGGCGGUCAGGACGACAACUCGGUGGUGAUCUGGGAGGCGAAGACGGGCCGGGCCGUGUGCGGCUCCCCCGCGGCCCAGGACUCCGCCUUGAGCGUGAAGUGGCUGCACCGCCGCAAUGACCGCUUCGUUACCGCGGGUAACUUCCACCUGAGGGUCUGGCAGGUCGACGUCUCGAUUCCCAAGGUCCACGCCGUGGACGCCCAGAUGGGGGGAAUGCGCCGUGCGAUCGAGUGCAUCAGCAUCACGGAGGACGACGAACACGCCUACUGCGGGACUCGCACCGGGGACGUUCUCAAGUUCAAGAUCGACCGAGAUGACAUCCGGUACUUCAACGACCCGGACACCAUCCGCCCCACCCUGGCGGGCUACAGUCUCGAGAAGUUCGGCAAGGGGGUGCGGUCCGUGCGCUGCGUGCUCAACCCGGAGACGGGCAACACCAACACGCUAGUCGGCGGCGGCGACGGGACUGUCAGCUUCAUCAACCAAUCUCUGAACAAGGUCGCUGGCAAGCACUGCGAGCUGAUGGGCGCGGUGACCUCGAUUGCCGUGUGCCCCGGCAACAAGGGCUUCUUCGUCGGGACGGCGCUUUCCAACAGGUACUGGGUAACGAUGGACAUGGAAACGGAGCUGCGCGGUACCUGCCACUUCGCCCGCGUGAACGACAUAAUAUUCCCCGCCGGUUGCUCUGACCUCUUCAUCACCUGUUCCGUGGCUGAUAUCCGUGUGUGGAACGCUACUCUUCGACAGGAGCUCCUGCGCAUUCAAGUGCCCAACCUGGAGUGCUUCUGUGUGGGUAUCACGCGAUCGGGCGGAACGAUCGUGUCUGGCUGGAGCGACGGCAAGAUUCGCGCCUUCUACCCGGAGUCCGGCAAGCUCAAGUUCGUCAUCUCCGACGCGCACGCGGACGGUGCCACGGCCUUGGCCCUUGCGCAAGACGACGAUACCCGCCCACCUUGGAGGUUGAUCUCGGGCGGCGGGGAUGGGCGGGUGCGUGUCUGGUCCGUGACUUCCUCGCACCAAGCCAUGACCACGUCGUGGAAGGAGCACCGGGGACCCGUCACCUGCAUCCAGGUGUCUCGCGAAAACGGACAGUGCAUCUCGGGAUCUGCGGACGGGUCGUGCAUCGUCUGGGACCUCAACCGCGGGGUCCGUGUGCUCGCCCUCUUCGAGCCGAACGUCUUCAAGGGGGUCCGGUACCACCCGGACGAAUCGCAGUACAUUACGUGCGGUUCCAACCACAAGAUCACGUACUGGGACGCGUACGACGGCACCGCCAUCCGCGUGAUCGAGGGGGGUGACGAGGAGAUGAACACCCUCGACGUGGAGCCUUCGGGGGAGGCGUUCGUAUCCGGCGGGGACGACGGGCUUGUUAAGGUGUGGCACUACGACGACGGCCUGACGAUGAGCGUCGGCACGGGGCACAGCGGAAGUGUGGCGGCGGUGCGAAUCUCGCCCGACCGCAAGAUCAUCGUCUCCGCCGGGUCCGAGGGUGGAAUAUUCAUCUGGGGGAUGCCACCGCCGUCGUGCGAUGCUCACGCCGGCGGGAGCCCCGGCAGAUCGGGGGCGACAACGAACGGGUGCAACUUGGAAGCGGUGGCGGCUGGCGGGAACCUUAACAUUGAUAAGAUGGCGGACGACGUCUCGCGCGUCUCGAUGAGCAGAUGA